CGACGCGGCACAAUUUCCACUGCAAAAGAUCACUUUCUCACCGUCCCCGCACACAUCCGAGCCACAAAGACCGACACAAUCAACAUGCGACAAACACUAUAACGGUUCAAUCCUGAAAAUCAGCAGCAUCAUGACCCUGUGCAAAUUCUUUCAGCAGGGAUACUGCAAAAACGGCAAUAACUGCAGGUUUGAGCACCCAAAUGCAAACAGCAAUCGUUUCUCCGCCUUUGGCGGCGGCGGCGGCGCAUCAAAUAACCGCAACACCAAAGAGCUACCAUUCAACCUGAGCAAAGAAACGAUACAGUUAGACCUGACUACAGAGAAGCCUCAAUGGAUUCUGUCGUCUUACGGACCCGGCCGGGACGCGCCAGAGCAGCUGUUUGGCGGCUUUCCCCGCGAACAAAGCUUUGAGGAGGUCCGCCUGGUAUACGAGGAGGGUGUCCUGAUGGGAAAUCCCCAGGGCGCGCUUAGCCAGAUCGAGGGCAUCUACCGAGAUGCCGACAACCAGAUUCAGAACGCGCUCCAAAACCUAGACGGCGCGGUUGAAUACAUAAUAAGCGCCCAAAACAAGAAUCCCAAUAGGCUAUCAGUCGUGCAAAACAACACCAAUGGCACAUUUGCUGUUGGCAGACAGCAGCAAACAAAUAACCCAUUCGGAGCACCCAAACCUUUCGGAGCUGCGGCCGGAGGCACACCGGGGGGUUUUGGACAGCCAUCGGCAGCUUCGACCGGGGGCUUUGGUCAGCCAUCAACGCUUGGUCAGACUCCGAGCCCUUUUGGAGCACCUGCUUUUGGGCAACCUGCGAAGCCUGCAGGAGGCUUUGGUCAGCCUUCUACCCUUGGCAGCGGCCAGGGCGCCUUCGGACAACCUUCGGCUUUGGGAGGGACGCCCAGCGCGUUCGGGCAGCCUUCAACACUGGGAGGGACCCCGAGCGCCUUUGGUCAAGCAUCUGCCUUGGGACAAAAGCCUAGUCCGUUCGGCACGCCAGCGUUUGGGCAAGCCUCGCAACCGUCUGCUGCUGCCCCUUCUGGAUUUGGUCAGCCGUCGGCCGCUGCCGCGCCGGCGUUUGGACAACCGUCACAGCCUGCACCUGCAUUCGGGUCGGCAACGCCUAUGGGUGGCAACUCUGGAUUCGGCCAACCGUCGACCCUUGGACAGAAACCAAAUCCAUUCGGCGCACCGUCGACCACAAACGGGAACGCAUUUGGGGCGGGCAACACAGGCCCAAGCCCGUUCGGACAAACCAACAAUGCAAGUCCGUUUGCCCAGGCAGCCUCGACCAACUCGGCACCGAAUGCUUUCGGUCAGCCCUCCAAACUAAACUCUGGUUUUGGCCAGGCCUCAGCUUCACCCUUUGGCCAGGCCCCUUCGGCUGGACCUUUUGGAGCCCCACCAGCGCAGCCCUCCUCCGCUCCUGAACAGUCGAUGGACAUGUCUGGACCGCCGGCAACACCAGCAGCAACUUCAGCGCCUUUUGCUCAGCCACCUGCCGCUGCAAACAACAAUCCCUUUGGACAGCCUUCGCAGCCAGCAUCCAAUCCAUUUGGACAAGCGCCUGCCGCCAGCAACCCUUUUGGUGCUGCACAACCCGCCGCGGCAAGUGCGCCAGACGGGCCAUCACCCUAUGCUCCCGGAGCUACGCGUCAGCAUCCUGCCGCGUCGUCAUAUAUUACCAAAAAUCCAAAUGGAACUUUGAACACGUUCAAAGGCAAGAGCGUGUCUUAUGAGACCCCGAAGGCGGGAGCCGCCGAGACAGCGCCAUUCCCAGCAAUCCGGAACUUUGAUGGCAGUGUGACGCGGAUAUGGAACCCCAAUGGACCGCCCACGUACUACAGCGAUACUGAGGCCGCACCCGAGGCGUACGAUGCCGCCACAAGAGCUGCGUGGGAGCCAUUUAUCAACACGGGACGUUUCCAGAACGCGACGAUCCCGGAAGUGCCGCCGCUUAGGGAAUGGUGUACUUGGGAUUUUUAGACGUUUGAGAAGGUCUUGUCUGACGACUAAACGAUGUAAUUGUCUUGAUCUCUUGGGAAAACAACCUCUGUACAUAUCACAGGUGAUUUGAACCGGCGUUCGGAUUGUAGAAUGAAAAGCAAACGACUAAUAGUCGAAUGAAAUGGAUUAGCCUUGGGUUUAUUGUUUUAUUGUUAUGGGCGGAGUCAGGGGAAAUAUUUGCCAAGGUGGAUGAAUGCAAAAUUAUCCCCCUUAUAUAUCGAAUUGGACUUGGGUCAGAACCCCUCUAUCGGCUUUCUGAUUUCCAGAUGCUAUAGUCAUGUCACAAGCUGCAACUUCAGGC